AUGGCCCCGAUUUCACAUAUCAAGGUGAUCAUUGUGGGCGCAGGUGUGGGUGGUCUCACCCUGGGGAUCCUCCUUGAGCGCGCCAACAUUGCUUAUGAGAUUCUAGAGAAACAUCCCACUUUCAAUCCCAUGGGGAGUGCCAUUUGUCUCGUUCCGUCGGUGCAACCGCUCUUUCAGCAAUUAGGUUUGUUGGAUGAAAUUAAACGACUCUCAAAGCCUUUUGGUGAAAUGGUGUUCCGAGAAGAGAAUAUGUCGAUCAUGGGAAAGUACUCUGGUAGGACACCGUUGGAUAUCAAAGAACGAUAUGGUGAAUAUUGUCAGAUUAUUUCCAGAAAAGAUCUGUGUACGCUGCUAGCAGAACAGGUCCCUAAAAGCAAGAUCAAGUAUGGGAAGCGUGUACUAGAGAUUCGACAGAACGUAGGCGAAGUGAUUAUUCAGUGUUCAGACAAAUCGACUCAUCACGCUGAUAUCUUGGUCGGAGCUGACGGUCCCUAUUCAGCUGCGAGGCAACAUUUACAUAAUGAACUAAAUCAAAAAGGUUUGCUGUCGAAGCAUGAUUCAAUGCCCAUGAGAUAUCAAUAUGAUUGCAUUGUGGGGGUUACAGAUCCUUUGGAUCCAAAUGACUUCCCCGCUCUCUGUGGAGACUUCUCGGAAUUUCAGACCGUUCUCAGCAAGGAUUCUUCCUACUCACAUUGGUAUAUUCCUCUGACAGGAAAUAAAUUUUCAUGGAUGGUAGUCAAGUACCACGACAAGGGUAAAAAAUAUGCUGAGGAUCAGAUUUUUAAGCAAUCUGAUUGGAGGGAAGAUGUUGCAGGUUUGAUGGCAUAUGAUUAUCGUAAUCUCAAGACAGCCUAUGGCUGUAACUUGGAAUACUUCAUGGAACGAACACCCAGAGGCUCCAUGGCCAAAGUCAUGUUGGAAGAAAAGUACUAUAAAGCGUGGUAUGGCGGCCGUAUUGUAUUAGCAGGAGACGCAUGCCACAAGGUCGUGCCGGUUGGGGGUCAAGGCGCAAAUCAAGCGAUUCAUGAUGUAAUAACGCUGGCAAACCAGUUAGUGACUCUAGAGAGUAAUUCUGUGCCAGAUAUCGAAAAGGUCUUUGCGGCUUACUACAAAGACCGCUCACCCAUCGGUAAAGCGGUCGUUCAGGUGUCUGGCCGGAUUGGAAAUAUUGCUAAUCGAAAGGGAUGGCUAAAUGAUUUGGUCCGCAAGGCAGCUUUACGACAUACACCACGGUGGUUAGCGCAGCUUAUGAAUGACAGGAUGAGCUAUGAUAGGCCGCAAGCUGAGUACUUACCUUUUGUGAAAGUCGGAGGUACGCUCCAACCGAAACCACAAAAGCCAUCGGCAUUUAUUCCAUUUGUCAAUGAACCAUAAAAACCUACAGCCACAAAUCAUCAUCAGCAACAUAUCCGCCAUCUUUUUCCCAUACUCUUUGUCAUUGGCUACGACUGCAUUACAAAGAUAUUAUAGAG